CCCGUGUGUGCGGGCUCUAGUUGGCGCAAGCGCCGUGAUUCUUCGGCGCUCUCACCUCAAGUCUGCGUCGAGUCUCUCUGACACGGCCCUUCGCAGAGCCAUUGGUGACGGCGCGACGAUCAGUGCCCCGUACAUGCACGACCUAUCGCCGUUCGUUCCUCGGGAGGCCUAGUCGUAGGCAUUGAUCGCAUCCCUGAGCUAGUUGGCCUGUAGAGCGUGAGCUUCGGGAAAGGUGCGGGAUUGAGAUGGUUGUCGGGAAUGGCCGGCUUGAGUAAGGAUACCUUGGCGGCAGGCUGUAUGAUUCCGUCCACCGUCGGUGCUGCUGCGCCCGCGAUCCGUCAGUCUCUGGUUGAGCACGUUCACCCCCGUCGGCACGGGACGUGUGUGCAAGUCGACAAGACGCCGCGAGCGGAUGCGGGCUGUAGAAUGUUGAUCCAGACCGGCUGUUCUUAGUAUCACAAAGGACGUGUUCACGGAGGUCUUACGCCGGGAAGGGAAAUGUUAGGAUAUUAGCUGCUCGACUGUUGCACUCAACUAGGCCCCUCUCGUGUUGCUCAUUAUACAUACCGAAUACAAGCAUGAUUGUAGGCUGA